UCCGCGUUCACACUGCAAGCCGGCCUUUUCUCUAUUAAUUCGAAUAGGAAAAAAAUGUGGUUUUCCGAGAAUUUAAAGAUCCGCUUGACCAUGAUGUCGAGGAGGCCACGCCAGAUCAGCUAUGGCUUCGUAGACACCAAGUUUGGCCGCAUGCUAAUGGGAGUGGUUUCCUUGGACGAUGUUCAGAGCGAAGCCCAAGACGCAAUUUGUCUGCUGUAUUUCGUCAUGGAGAACGACGAGGACACGCUCGGCGAGGCAAUUCAACGUUCGCACGGUGCGAAAAUGGUGAAGGAGAGUGCAAUCAUACAGAAGUGGAGCGACAAACUCUUUUCUGGCGGCAAGGACGUCGAGGAAUGUGUGAUUGACGUUGCCAUCCUUGGAACGACGUUUGAGACUGCAGUCUGGUCUGCCCUGCUGGAUGUGAAGAGUGGUCAGACGUACACAUACAUGCAGCUGGCUACGCAGAUGGGUCGCCCCGAGGUAGUGCGCUCCUUGGCCAGUGCAGUGGGCCGCAAUGAGGUGGCUAUUCUCAUACCCUGCCACCGCAUUGUGUCCAAGAAUGGAGACUCCAAGUACCAUUGGGGCGGCAGGCUCAAGCAGGAACUGCUCAGCUUCGAGCAGGCUACAAAAUAAAUUGUUAUUACAAACAUAAUUAAAAAUCGUUAUAUUUUUUAUUGAAA